UUGCGUAAUUUGACAGGCCAGUGCAAACCAGAGGAGGAUGAGCGUUUGACAGCUGGGUCGCCGGGGAUUGUUGUCGAAGCAACAACAAUUCAGAUUAAUUCGGGCAUUUUUAUUUUAUUUUUUAUUUUUAUUUGUUUAAGCAUAUCGAACGAGUAUAAGGCUAUCUACGCUUUUAAUGGCCGCAGCUGUGACGAAUUCGGUCUGGGUUGCUCCGGGGCAGGACGCGCAGUUUCUCCACAAAAGCCACCCAGCGGCGCCGCUGACAUCAUCCGACGGCCUGAGAGGUGAGGAUCAUGGAGAAGUGCAGUGCAACGCCAUCCUGGGAAUUUCAUCUUUCCCAGAUUAUAAUCUGGGUAAAACUGAGAUGGACACCUACCUACUUCAUGAUGUAGUAAAUUCAAAAAUGUUUGACAAGGAUAGUGCUCCCAUGCUGGAGUCACUUUUCCCCGAAGACUUCGGCUCUUCUUACAGCGUCAACAUGAGCCUGCUCCUUCCCGAUGUCGCCUACUUGCAACCCGGCCCCUGCCGGACUGUGAGGCAAAUCAAAGCAGAGCCACCACAGUCCCUGAUGCACUUGACCUGCCAGGGCAACGGAGCACCAACGACCCUCCCAGAGUACUCAGGAAUGUUUAAAGCAGCUGACACUCCUGGUGGUAGCUUUUUCAUCAAGCAGGAAGUGCCAGAAUUCCAAGAAAUUCCCCAGUUUCAGAUGUUGAACACUGAUUUAGAGCAGAACUCUUUCCCCAUCACCCCACUAAGUUUUCCAGUCGGGAAUCUCCACGUGGGACAACUACCAAACGUUUCACAGACUGAAUGUUUUCCAUUCAACCAGCACUCUGGCCAUCAGUUUAGAUCAACCUAUCUGCCACCGUCUCCGCCAAAUUCUCAACCUCCGAGUCCAGACACCGACAAGGAGAUCCUUCAUAACAUCUCCCCUCCUCCCUCCUACGAAGCCAGCAUUGCCUGUAAGACAACACUCCAGACCCACACUGAUCCCAGACAGACUUCCAGCGAUCCUUCGAAUCAAAGCCACGACCAAACGUACGCUCCUACGUUCACACAAUGUCCACUUGGCGGACCGGUUCAGGACUCCAGCCUGGCACCAGCUCAGACGACACCAAGCGUCGGACCUCUGUCUCCGGAGUUGGCGCAGUCGGCGCCAGCCAAAUACAACCGGAGGAACAACCCUGAUCUGGAAAGACGCAGGAUUCACCACUGCGAUGUUCCAGGUUGCAAGAAAGUAUAUACAAAGUCGUCUCAUCUAAAGGCUCAUCUACGAACCCACACAGGUGAGAAGCCGUACCAGUGCUCCUGGGAAGGAUGCGAGUGGCGCUUCGCCCGCUCCGAUGAGCUGACGCGGCACUUCAGGAAGCACACCGGGGUGAAGCCCUUCCAGUGCGGCGUGUGCAGCCGCUGUUUCUCCCGCUCUGACCACCUGGCCCUGCACACCAAGAGACACCAGAGCUAAGGGACCCCUCCGCUGUAUCUGUCCAGUCUUUUAAGCUUUUCCUUAAAAUGGACAAAAUACUGGGAAAAAAAAUAAAUAAAAAAAGACUGCAAUUUAUUCUAUUUACGCUCAAAGGAUACAGUUUGAUGUUCUGACCUGCCGCUAAAUGUUUUUAUUGUUAUUAUUAUUGUAAGAAUAUUAAAUCUGAUUGUUGCCUUACUUUCUCAUCAACAUGAGAUAUUUGCAGUUUGCAGAUAUGUAUCAGCUCAAUCUAUUUUACCAAAUUUGUCCUUUUUCAAGCCUUUUUUUGAUAACAUGCCACAUAUGAACGUUGGACAAUUUUUAUAUCUGAACUGUCGAUUGUGUAGAUCCUAUCAGCAUUGUACAAGUUUAUUUAUGAAGCCUCUGUGCUGCCAACUGAAAGGAAAAAGGAUGUUGUUUUAGCCUGCAGGUGAAAAGCAUGAUUGUGUUUGCGAACUGUGGAGAGCAUCGGGAAAAGCUGCACAUUUAAGAUGAAAAUAGGAGAAAGAAAGUACUCUGGCGUAGAGCACAGUUUGUGUCAUGUAGUCAGGGCGUUGCUCAUAGCAUGACUUUGAAACUGCCAGGUUUAUGAUACUUUUAAGUAAAAGAGCAGUGUUCAUGCUUUUUCUCCUUUUUCUGUAAUAAAAAGAUUGUUUGAUUUUUAGACGGUAAUUGUUUCAUUUAGAAAGCACAAUGAUUACCAGGGGGAAAUAUUAGCCCCGUUACAGAUUUGUUUUGCUUUAUGGUCGUCAGACACAUUUUGACAUUAGACAAAGACAAGCUAAGUUAAUACAAAGGGGAAUUUUUCAAAUGAUGUGCUGGUUUUCAUCUAUUUAUCCAUUGUUUAUAGCUGUUUAUUCAAGCAGGGUUAUGGGAGGGCUGCUACUAAUCUCUAGGGGUCUUUGGGCAAGAGGCAUAGUACCUCCUAUUCCAGCUCAUCACAGUGCAGCACAUAAACAUACACACACGCACGCACACUUCUUAGGAUAAUUUAGAGUACAUAAUUAACCCAACAUUUAUAUUUUUUUGGCUGAGUGAAAGCUGGAGUACCCAGAGAGAAUCUAUGUAUGCUAGAGCAGAAAAUGCAAACUCCAUGCAGAAAGAACUGAAUAGUUAAGUGUUUUAUUGUCACAUUUUCUUGGUUUAAUUUGACUAGCCUCACCCAAUCCUGAUUGCUGCCUAACCUGCAGAAUCGAGAAAUCAAGUCUGACAGCAAGAAGUUGGCAAAAAAAAAAAAAGUAAAUAAAUACUGUAAGUCUCAGAAGGCG